GAAUUGGAAUUGAAAAUUGGUAGAAGCGAAGAGAAGAGAAAAUGCCGAAGAGGACGACGCAUACAUACUCAAGCGAGGACGCGGCUCCUGAAGGCCCUAACUCCGAUCUCUUUGUUUAUUACUGCAAACACUGCGCUUCCCAUGUUCUCAUCACUGACACUCAAUUGCAGAAAAUGCCUAGAAGAAACACUGACAGAGCAUACGUAUUAGACAAGACCAAGCAUCUUGCUAGAUUCAACAUUCACGAAGCUGGCAACGUUCUGUUAAAGCGAGGGGAAGGCAAAGUCGAGAAACAGUUCCGUAUGAAUUGUAUUGGCUGUGGUCUCUUUGUUUGCUAUCGUUCUCAACAAGAUUUGGAUUCUUCCACUUUUAUUUAUGUACUUGAUAAAGCUCUCAGUACUGUUGCUGCCGAAACCAACCCCCAGGAUGCACCUGUUCCGCCUUGUAUUUCCAAUCUUGAAGGUGGACUUGUUCAACUUGCUAUUGAAGUCGAGGAUCGCGCUCACCGCUCCGCUAUCACUAGAGUAAAUGCCGAUGAUGUUCGAGUCUCUGUUGCUGCUCCCGCUGCACGUGGAGAAGCUAACAAUGAACUUUUGGAGUUUAUGGGAAAAGUUUUGGGUUUAAGAUUGAGUCAAAUGACUCUUCAGAGAGGAUGGAAUAAUAAGUCAAAGCUUCUUGUGGUGGAGGAUUUGACUGCUAGGCAAGUUUAUGAGAAACUUUUGGAAGCUGUACAACCUUGAUGAUGUUUCUGUGCACAUUUCAUACUAGGUGUUGUAUUUCUUUUUUCAACAAAAACAAGUUUGGGUUUUGAACUUCAGUUGUAUUUAUUUAAUUUUAGUAAGAGACAGCCAUUAGUGAAUUGAUGUUGGAAAUGUAAAGUAAAACUCAUCUGAGUGGGGUUGAAUUGAAACAUAACGUGAUAUGUUUUGAAUGUGAAAACAUAUAAAAGUCUACAUUGUGAUUGAAAUUUGAAAGACUGUUAAAGGAGUGGGCAGAUUGUUCUUGUGGGUGUGGACAAAGAGAGUUAAUGAUGAAGGGAUUGAGGUGUACACACUUGGUCCUGAGUCCCGCUCAUUGGAGGAGACUAGGAGGGGACUAGGGUUGGGGAGUGGAAGGGGCAUUGGUAGAGGAAGGAAAAUGACUGGGGAACAAAAGUUGAUGGUGUCGGUGUAUGAUAAAUAUGGUUGAAGAGGUUUGUUUAUAAGGAGAAAAGGCAUGUGGUUUAGGGUUUUUAAGUGUAAUGUGGAUGCAGAUUUUUAAAGUUAAUGGUCUUUCGGAAGCUCUCCAAUGGUUAUGGAAUUCGAUUUCCAUGAUGAUAUUUGAGGUUGAUUGCAAUUUAGUAGCUAAUAGUAUCAAUCACCUUAAGCGUGAUAUUUCAUCUUUUGGUCUUAUUAUUAAGGAGUGUAUUGAUCUUAUUUUCAUUUUUUCAAAACUCUAGAUUUAUUUAGUGUUAUCCCGACUCCGGAGACACGGAAAUAGGUCUUUAAUCUUGCUUGGGAAGCUCCAUCAAUAGUUAAUAACUAAUCUUUUUAUUAUAA